UCCUGCAUAAUGCAUCAGAAGGCAGCGAGAUCUCGAACAGAAUGCAGUUGCUGUGUUACUCCGUCGUCCUCUUCCUUGGAUUGGCUCCGUUGGCGGCCUUGGCCAACGAUGAUGGUUGCAACGAGGUGGUCUGCGGAUCGGUGGUGUCCAAGUGCCUCAUCACCCAGAGCUGUCAGUGCAAGUUGAAUGACUGCCACUGCUGCAAGGACUGUCUGAAUUGCCUCGGCGAACUGUACAUCGAGUGCUGUGGCUGCCUGGACAUGUGUCCCAAGCACAAGGAUGCCCUGCCCUCGCUGACACCACGCUCGGAAAUCGGGGACAUUGAGGGUGUGCCCGAGCUGUUCGACACCCUGACCGCCGAGGAUGACGAGGGAUGGUCCACCAUACGGUUCUCCAUGCGUGCCGGCUUCAAGCAGCGCGUUCAAGGCGGUGAUGCCGGAACCGGAAGUAGCAAUGGAAAUGCUGGCUCCGCAAGUGUCACGCUGUGCACGGUCAUCUAUGUGAACUCGUGCAUCCGGGCGAACAAGUGCCGGCAGCAGUGCGAGAGCAUGGGCGCCAGUAGCUAUCGAUGGUUCCACGACGGAUGCUGCGAGUGCGUCGGCGAGAAUUGCCUCAACUACGGAAUCAACGAGAGUCGCUGCCGCGGCUGUCCGGAGGAUCAGGACCAGUUGCUCACCGCCGAUACCGUGCCGGCGGAGGCCGAACAGGAUCUGGAGCGAUUCUUUGGCAACGAGGAGCUCGAGGAUGAAUGGGGCUACGGCGAGGAGGAUGAAUUUUCCUAAUAAAUCAGACAAUUUCAAAUAAAUGCGGUUUCUCCCAUUUGGAGUUUGAUCAUCAUUGCAAAACGAUCGCUUUGUAAAUAACCUUGUAAAAUACAAAAUGCCUUGCUAGUUUUACUCUAAUUAAACAAGAAAUUACUCGAAUAAACUUUGAAAUAAUAA